GUGGCUGCCCCUGGGCGCCGCCAUCUUUGCUCCCGGCCCGGCUCCAGCAUGUCCGAGACGUACGAUUUCCUGUUCAAGUUCCUGGUGAUCGGCAGCGCCGGCACCGGCAAAUCCUGCCUGCUGCACCACUUCAUCGAGAGCAAGUUCAAGCAGGAUUCCAACCACACCAUCGGGGUGGAGUUUGGCUCGCGGGUGCUCAGCGUGGCCGGGCGCCGCGUCAAGCUGCAGAUCUGGGACACGGCCGGGCAGGAGCGCUUCAGGUCGGUGACGCGCAGUUAUUACCGCGGCGCCGCGGGGGCGCUGCUCGUCUAUGACAUCACCAGCCGCGAGACGUACAACGCGCUGGCGCAGUGGCUGACGGACGCGCGGACCUUGGCCAGCCCCAACAUCGUCAUCAUCCUCUGCGGCAACAAGAAGGACCUGGAGGGCGAGCGGGAGGUCACCUUCCUGGAGGCCUCGCGCUUCGCCCAGGAAAACGGUCCGGAAAAAACGGGGAAAACGGGAAAAAACGGGGGGGAA